ACGGAUACGCCGGAAAAUAGCAAAGGGAGGUCACAACCCGGUCACACAACUUGUCCACCUCGUCAAGGUUCCGUCCAACAAGAAAAGUGACAAGUGGACGAUGGAUUUCCUCCUCAGCGGUGGUGCAGCCUGCGGUGCGUGUGUGUUCACCAAUCCGCUUGAGGUGGUGAAAACACGCAUGCAACUACAAGGAGAACUCAGAAGCCGGGGGUCGUACCAAGUGCAUUAUCGGAACGUAUUUCAUGCCUUUUACACGAUCGGCAAAGUGGAAGGACUCGCUGGGCUGCAGAGGGGACUCGCACCGGGACUCGUGUAUCAGUUCGUGAUGAAUGGUAUCAGACUGGGCUCCUACUCCCUCAUUGAGUCCAGCGGGUAUAUUUACACGGAUGGGAGGGUCAGCACAUUUAAGACCACGUUAGCAGGAGCAGCAGCCGGUGUGGCAGGAGGUGUCACGGGAAGCCCUUUAUACUUGGUGAAGACCCAUCUUCAGUCCCAGGCGACCUCCUCCAUCGCGGUUGGUCAUCAGUACCAGCACCGGGGCAUGGUACACGCCAUCGCAGCCAUCUGCAGGGAGCACGGCUUCAUGGGGCUGUGGAGGGGGUCCUUCGCCGCGGUUCCGAGGACCAGCGUGGGCUCCGCUGCCCAGCUCUCCUCCUUCUCUGCCAUCAAGGAGCUGGUGGUCGAUCUCAAGGUAUUCUCCAAAGACAGUUUGAUGGUGUCGCUGAGUGCCGGUAUGGUGGCCAGCGUGGUGGUGGUGUUAGCCAUGACGCCCUUCGACGUGGUUAGCACACGCCUUUACAACCAGCCGGUGGACCACUUAGGCAAGGGCCAGCUCUACCGAGGAUACGUGGACUGCUUCUCAAAGACAAUGAGGAAGGAGGGCUUGACCGGACUCUACAAAGGCCUGGGGGCGUCCUAUUUCAGGCUUGGACCACAUACUGUCCUCAGUCUGUUCUUCUGGGAGGAACUCCGCAAACUCUACCAGAAUCACUCAUCGCCAGGGAGGGGGCAAGCCAGGGAGAUUGAUACUAGUAGAUAGAUAAAGUGACUGGAAAGCCUGCGUUGUUCAUGGGAGGAUCAAUCAUGAUGAAUGUCUCAAGGAA